UGAGCACCAUUUCUUUCUAUUUUUGACGUACUUCUCCAACAAUGAUGUGCAGAAGCUUAACAUUACGUUUCUUCUUAUUCAUUGUUUUAUUACAAACAUGCGUACGAGGUGGUGAUGUUAAUGAUAAUCUCCUCUCGUCAUGUUUAAACUCCCAUGGUGUUCACAACUUCACCACGCUAUCAACCGAUACAAAUUCCGACUACUUCAAACUGCUGCAUGCAUCCAUGCAGAACCCGUUGUUCGCGAAGCCUACGGUAUCGAAACCGUCGUUUAUUGUAAUGCCCGGCAGCAAAGAAGAAUUAUCGAGCACCGUUCAUUGUUGUACAAGAGAAUCAUGGACUAUUCGACUGCGGAGCGGCGGUCAUAGUUAUGAAGGGUUGUCUUAUACUGCUGAUACACCUUUUGUGAUUGUUGAUAUGAUGAACUUGAAUCGAAUUUCCAUUGAUGUCUUGUCGGAAACAGCUUGGGUUGAAUCUGGGGCAACACUUGGAGAACUCUAUUAUGCGAUUGCGCAGUCGACGGAUACCCUGGGGUUUACUGCUGGUUGGUGUCCGACUGUUGGUAGCGGAGGACAUAUAAGCGGUGGUGGUUUUGGUAUGAUGUCGAGGAAGUACGGAUUAGCUGCGGAUAAUGUCGUGGACGCGAUUCUUAUAGAUAGCAAUGGAGCGAUUCUUGACCGUGAAAAAAUGGGUGACGAUGUUUUUUGGGCUAUUCGUGGUGGCGGCGGAGGUGUUUGGGGUGCAAUUUACGCGUGGAAAAUCAAACUAUUGCCAGUUCCGGAGAAGCUGACCGUUUUUCGUGUGACAAAGAAUGUAGGAAUCGAAGACGCUUCAUCUUUACUUCACAAAUGGCAAUAUGUUGCAGAUGAAUUAGACGAGGAUUUUACGGUAUCCGUGCUUGGGGGAGUAAACGGAAAUGAUGCCUGGUUAAUGUUCUUAGGCUUACACUUGGGACGUAAAGAUGCUGCGAAAACUAUAAUCGAUGAAAAAUUCCCUGAACUGGGGUUAGUAGAUAAAGAGUUUCAAGAAAUGAGUUGGGGUGAAUCCAUGGCUUUCUUAUCAGGAUUAGAUACAAUCUCUGAACUAAACAACAGGUUCUUGAAAUUUGAUGAAAGAGCUUUUAAGACUAAAGUUGAUUUUACUAAAGUAUCAGUACCCCUAAACGUGUUUAGACAUGCAUUAGAGAUGUUAUCAGAACAGCCCGGUGGGUUUAUAGCUCUAAAUGGUUUCGGAGGGAAAAUGAGUGAAAUUAGCACUGAUUUUACCCCGUUUCCUCAUCGGAAAGGCACUAAAUUGAUGUUCGAAUAUAUAAUCGCUUGGAACCAAGAUGAAGAAUCGAAAAUCGGCGAGUUUAGCGAAUGGUUAGCGAAGUUUUACGAUUAUUUGGAACCGUUCGUGUCGAAAGAACCAAGGGUUGGUUAUGUUAAUCAUAUUGAUCUUGAUAUUGGAGGGAUAGAUUGGAGAAAUAAAAGUAGUACUACCAAUGCUGUUGAGAUAGCUAGAAAUUGGGGUGAAAGAUAUUUUUCAUCGAAUUAUGAACGUUUGGUUAAGGCUAAGACAUUGAUUGAUCCAAAUAAUGUGUUUAACCAUCCACAGAGUAUACCUCCAAUGAUGAAAUUUGAGGAAAUUUACAUGUUGAAGGAAUUGUAGUACUAGGUUUAUUUAGAAAUUUACUUCUUUUUAUUUUCAUAUUUUGUAUUCCUUCCGUUACUUUUUAAUAAGCCAGUUUCUCUUUUGAGAAAAAUUAAGGAAAUUAAGAGAAUUAAUUAUUGAA